AUGACCGAAUCUAUAUCUUCAGGGAAGUCGUUGGAUCAGUUUCCUACUGAGGUGAAAAAAAUCAACCUUUCCUCGGGUAAGUCGUUCUCCAAUGUCUUCGAAGCUCUCAUUAUCAGCUUAAACCUUGAAGAGCGUCCGUCGAAGACCAAAACGUCACUUUUUGGCAAACAACCACCGCCUUUUUCAUUCAGUGUGGAAGAUGCAAUCAACAAAAUGUGCAACCUUAUGCUAGACAUCGAGCUCAAAAUGGCAAAAACGACUAUCGCUUAUAAUAUGAAACCAACGCUUGCCUUUGACCUACUUAAGAAGUUCUUCGAUGCCAAGUUGCUUCACUAUCCAAGCUCUAGAACAGAAACGAAGCUUAGUCGACAUGGUACUAUUCAAAUCACUCCUAAAGGUGCUGCAUUGGUGUACGCUUUCUGCCAGAACAUUGGAAUGCCAACGAAAAGCAUGCCCCCAGUUGUUAAGUCCAACUUCAACACCAUGGAGCUUUUCAUGCUUGAAAGGUCUGCUACCAACCAGAGCAUCUUGUACUCGGACUACUUGGUUACCAUUCUUUUCACUUGGUUGAUGGGCCCUGCUCCUAAUAUCUGGUCUUCAGAGAAGCUGCCAGACUUGAUUUCAUGCAUUUUCGACGAUACUACUUCAGAUGAUACAUUUGACUUUUCACGUCCGUCGAACGGGACUAUCUUGUCUCCAGUUAACGAUAAAGCCAUGGCAUUCCGCUCAGCAAGUCCAUUUCACCACAAGUACUUCACGAACCCAGAGUCAGAUUCACAUGUACAAUACUAUGUAUCGAACACUGGCGUAAGGCUAUUCAAGCUGAAGACGUUUCUCAAUGACGAUAAAAAGGUCAUUGUGGACUACUGUGUUUCUGGAAAAGCUAUAGUACAAUGGCUCUGUGACUGUACUAGUGUCAUGACAAGUACUGAAGCUGUUGGUCUUGCCAAUCUUUUCAUCGAGGCGAAUUUACUACGCCAGAUCACCGUUGACGAGGAAAGGUUCCUGAAUGAUAGAAACGCCUUUUAUGUUCUUACAGAACAUGGCAGUGAAGUGUGUCGCUGGGGCCGUAGAAGCAGAUCUGCCGCCGAGAACCUGCUUUCAGACGUUUCUACGAAGCUCCAGCACGAUGCAGAUUUUAAAGGUCCUUCUUUGAAGACCAUCAUUAGAGAUCCAGGUUUGCGUCUUCUAUUCAAGAUGCACAUGCAAAGAGAGAGAUGUGUGGAGAAUGUCAACGCCUACGUUCAAAUCUCUGAUUUUAAUAACCUGGAACAACAAGUUUUAAAGCUUUACCAGCAUUACCAGACGCUUGAAGAAGGCCCUAGAAAGAAGAAGGUCCGCAAUGCUAUAGAGUUCCACACGAACAAGUUCUACUCCAGGGCCUUCCAACUAUACUCAGCGUAUAUCAGUCCCGAGCUGCAGUUUGACUUAAACAUCGAUUAUAAAUUAAGACAAGACGCUCAGCGUCUUAUGGCUUUAGAAGGUCCCAUGCUGCCUUGUGUGGACCAUAUGAUGACUCCAAUGACCGACAAAGCAUUCCUUACAGAGCAUGAUAUAACUGAACUCGACAGUCCAAUUGGAUCUGACAAGACGACAUAUUUUCGUUAUGAGAACAACGAUUUGAAGAAAACGGUGGCCCUCGUUGAAGAUAUACAUCGAGUGUUCCGUCAAAUCGGGAAGUCAAUCUUCAGACUUAUGGAAAUCGACUCGUACCCAAAGUUCAUCAACAGUGCUGAGUACUUAAACACUACAACAUGCAAUGUGGAAUAG